AUGAGAAAAGAACGCCUUGUGGUGAUCCUGAUUUGGUUUGCAAGCUCGGCUGCGUCGUUGGAGAUUGACACAUCGGAUGGCGGAUACACUAACCUGCUCGUGUCGAUCAACAGAGAUGUUCCUUACGACGAGUCUAUCAUCAAGGACAUUAAGGUGCUGUUUGCGGCUUCGUCGAAGUUCUUGCACCGAGCUACCAACGGUCGAGUAUACUUCAAGCAGGUCACAAUCGAGGCGCCCAGCACAUGGCCCGCAAGAAAAGAAGCCCGAAACGUGUCAUCGAGUUUUUUCGAGCAGAGUGACAUCCGCAUUGACUUGCCAGGUGAACCGCACUGGGACAGGCCAUUCACGCAGCAGCUAAGACCCUGCGGUCAGCCUGGAGACUUCAUUCAACUGACGCCCGGAUUCCUCGCUAAAUACAGGAAUUCGACCACGAGCAGGCUAGACAAUUCGGUGUACACGUUGGCACACGAGUGGGCGCACUUCCGGUACGGAGUGUUUGAUGAGUACGCCUGCGACGGUGACAGCCAGCAUCCACUGACGUACUGUAACAGCGGCAAGGUGAGCCAGUUCUGUGACAAUACCAGCAGAGCCCGUCAGCACAACCCGUUUGGUCCUAACAAGCAGAACAGGCUGUGCCAGCAAAGGUCAGCAUGGGAAGUGAUCAGCGAGAACGCGGACUUGCGCUUGAGGCUUACAAGACCAGCCAUGACAGAGCACAUCGAGACGUCCUUCGUGGAAAUACAAGAGACGAAGACUCGUGUGCAGCGCGUCGUGCUCGUUCUAGACCUCUCCACCAGCAUGGACAAUUACCGACGCUUGGACUAUUUAAAGGAGGCCGUGACGCGGUACAUCAACGGCAUCGAAAACGACUCGCUUCAACUGGCCAUCUUGAGGUUCGGUCAUAAAGCGCGCAUAGUGCACCCUCUCGCACCAGUGAACGCCACCACGAAGCCGGGAUUUAUGAAAGUCGUAAAGGCUAUGAAAGCCAGAGGUAAUACAUGCAUCGGGUGCGGCCUUAAGAAAGCAAUAAUGCAUCUUGAAUCUGUCGCCAAGACGACGGAGGGCGCAAUCAUUGCUUUGCUAAGCGAUGGCCAAGAGAACAAAGAUCCGACAAUUGAAUCUGUGAUGCCAUUGCUCUUAAAAGCAAAGGUCGUAGUGAACACACUGGCACUGGGUGCAAAGGCUGAGGACAAACUUGAAAAGCUCGCCUCCGAGACUCGAGGAAAGGCGUUUGCCAUCAAAGACAUGAAGGGAAACACGGCGCUGGAAAUGGAGGCCGCCUUCGUCAGAGCAACCACGCCAUCGCGUGAACAGCCUUCCCGAUAUCAGACGCUUGUGGAUACAGUGCAACAUCUGAACAAGUUUCUGAAACAUCCAUUUCAAGUGGACAGCAGCGUUGGUAACGACACAAUAGUGUACGUCAAAGGGCAGCGCCAAGUCCAGAUGAAAGCAUGGCUCGUCGACCCUAGCGGACAGCGAUGCAAAGCUUGUCACGAGUCUUCCACAGAAGCCGGCAUUGCUAUCUGGAUACCAAGCCCAGCAGAGGCUGGUACUUGGUUCCUUCACCUGUCGAGCUCCGACGAAGGGGAUGUCAGCAUUCAGGUAAAGUCUAGAGCCAGGAAAGAAGGCAUAGAUCCGAUUCAGGUCUCCUGCACCAUGGCCGACAUGCUGGUAGACCGACCUGAUGCGGCAAUCGUCUACGCCAAGGUUAGAAAAGGAAAGAAGGUUGUCGUGGGCGCCUCCGUUCUUGCCGAGGUAUACGGACCCACACAGCAGCCCGCAUCGACGCUUUUCCUUCACGACGACGGAAGAGAACCUGACAACCAUGCCGGUGACGGGACGUACAGUGGCUACUUCACAGACUUCACUGGACAAGGGAGGUACACCGUGACAGCAGGCGUUUCGUACCAGUACGGAACUCGAGUGGCUUAUCCUACGGACAGCUCGGCGUGCGCACUAGGUGUAGCCACGCAUACUUCUAAUGACGAGAUCAAAGGAUCAAUCCAGGGCCUUGCAUCUGAGCAUCCCAUGGACGACUUCAUCCUCACGAACACGUCGGCAAAAGCUGCAACCGAUAACGCUACCGGCGUCGAGCCAGUCGAUCCUUUCGAAAGGAUCGCGUCCGGAGGGUCUUUCCAAGUGACCAAACCCAUCUCGAAGAUUGACGUGUCUCCCGGGAACAUCCGGGACCUUUCCGCAGCCGGCAUGCGCCUAGGAAGGAACGGCUCCUUGUUGGCGGAACUGACGUUUAAAUGGCCUGGAGCUCUCUUGACGACGGGGAAAGCUUCAUCAGUGGAGAUAAGAGCCAGUACGGAUUACGUCAAGCUGAAAUCGGACUUCAACAGUCAAGCGAAAAUCGCGGAACUCAACACGCAAUAUGAAAUCCUCGACCCGGAGUCUUCAUUCACGAAGCACGCCGUCAACGUGUCAUUCCCGACCAGCUUAGCCCACCACUGUUGCUACGGCUACAAUCAGUACUACCAGCGCAAUGAAUACAACGACAAGUACGAAGGCAGUAACUGCGGCUUUUGCAAGCACCACAACAACAACGGAACGUGCUACAACAAAAACACUGACUACAACUUCUCAGCCUGCAUCUACGGAGGUAUUGAACAGUCACGCAACCUCAACUCUAGCGUCAACUAA